UGGUUGCCGCUUUCAUUUCUUUGCCGAAAUCACUUUCCCAGCAGAGUCCAAGCUACAUGGGUUUCGUGUUCAAUGCCACGGAGAUGCCAUCGGAGGAUUACUAUGAUUACAUCAUUGUUGGAGGAGGCACCGCCGGCUGUCCUCUGGCCGCCACAUUGUCUGAGAAUUUUCGAGUUCUUGUUCUAGAAAGAGGCGGUGUUCCUUAUGGCAUGCCUAAUCUGAUGACCCAAGAAGGUUUCCUCUCAACUCUCGUCGAUCUUGAUGCCACUGAUUCCCCUGCUCAAGCUUUUACUUCUGAAGACGGUGUUCCCAACGCCAGAGGCCGAGUUCUUGGAGGCAGUAGCGCAAUUAAUGCUGGUUUCUACAGCAGAGCCGACCCGGAUUUCUUCAGGAAUUCACUAAUCAACUGGGAUCUUCGGGUGGUUAAUCAAUCCUAUAAGUGGGUUGAGAAGGCCAUUGUGUUCAGGCCUGAACUCAGGAUCUGGCAAUCUGCCAUUAGGGAUGGAUUGCUGGAGGCUGGAAUCGGUCCUUACAAUGGGUUUGCUUUGGACCAUGUUGUAGGCACCAAGAUUGGGGGUUCCACUUUUGAUAGCGCUGGUAGGAGGCACAGUGCUGCUGAUCUUCUUAGCUAUGCAAAGCCUUCUAAUAUUAAGGUGGCUGUAUACGCUAGUGUUGAGAGGGUUAUUUUCGCUUCUUCACCGGCUUCUGCAGCUCCCAGACAAUCAGCGAUUGGGGUGGUAUUCAGAGACAAGACGGGUCGGUUCCACCAUGCAAUGCUGCGGGAGAUGGGAGAAGUUUUGCUUUCUGCAGGAGCUAUUGGCAGCCCACAGCUUCUGCUCUUGAGUGGGAUUGGACCAAGGCCUUAUCUCUCCUCGUGGGGAAUACCUGUAGUGCAUCACCAUCCUUACGUGGGUCAGUUCCUAUAUGACAAUCCAAGAAAUGGCAUUUCCAUUGUGCCCCCGGUGCCUCUUGAACAAUCAUUGAUACAGGUGGUGGGAAUUACCUCUUCUGGGGCUUAUCUUGAAGCUGCCUCAAACGCUAUUCCAUUUGCUUCCCGUGCUCACAAUUUUUUCUCUAGGACUCCGCCUUCUCCCGUCUAUUUUACCGUUGCAACCUUGAUGGAGAAGAUUGUUGGACCCCUGUCAGCUGGUUCUCUCAGAUUGGCUUCAACCGAUGUCAGGGUGAACCCUAUAGUAAGGUUCAAUUACUUCAGUGACCCUGCUGAUACUGAGAGAUGCGUAAAUGGGACGAGAAAGAUUGCUGAUGUACUUAGAAGCCGCUCCAUGGAGGAUUUCAAGUUCUCUCAGUUGUUUGGGGAUCGAGAUUUUAGGUACAUAGGACCACCAUUGCCUGUUGAUCUAUCGAACGACAGGCUGAUGGGAGAGUUCUGUCGUCGAACGGUCAAUACCAUAUGGCAUUACCAUGGCGGCUGCCUUGUAGGAAAGGUGGUUGACAGAAACUUCAGGGUUCUGGGAAUUCAGGCACUUAGAGUUGUUGAUGGUUCAAUAUUCACAGUGUCACCUGGAACUAAUCCUCAAGCCACUCUUUUAAUGCUGGGCCGGUAUGUUGGCAUGAAGAUUCUGAGGGAGCGAACGAGAUAGAAGAAGCGCUUGACUUCAUUUGCUGUUCGCAUCGAUCAUUUCUAUCUUCGCCAAGCUAAAAGCAUUAGAUAAAUACUACUUUCUCUGCUGUUGUUUGUUGUUGUUGUAUAUUGGCUU